CAAUUAAUUAAAUUAAAAAAAAAAAAACUCCCGAAACCGUUUCCCUGUGUCUUGAGACAACACUCCUCGGUGUACUUAAAGGGAACGCUCUGUUCUAUCCAAACCCACUCAGAUCUCUCCUUCAAUACAUACUACUUUCCCUCUCUUUUUCACAUCGCUAACUUCCCAAACUCAAAUUUAAAUUCAUAUUCGGAUCACUCUUUUUCCCCCAUGGCUGACAACUUGGACGACGGCGAGUUUUGGCUGCCCCCUCAGUUCCUCACCGACGACGACGCCUCGUUUGACAACAUCCACAACAACAGCCUCGCUGCUUUGAACGCCAAAAACGACGACGUUUUCGACUCCGUCUCGAGAACUCUGUUCCCCUAUCUCAGUUCCCCGGUGGAGUCCGUGGUUGGCUCCAGCGAGACCGAGAGUGAUGAGGAAGAACAACACAUGGCCGAGUUGACUCGCCGACUCGCUCACUCCACUCUCGAACUCGAUCUCGUCUCUCGUAACAACAACACCUUCGCUAGUGAAAAACCCAAGGGUGUGUUUGGGUCUGGUUCGCCGCAAUCAACGCUGAGCGCGUUGGGGAGCAGUGGAAAGGGUUCGAGUCCAAACGGUAGCGUUUCGCAGAUGAACUCGCAGAGGGCGACGUGGGAUCUCCUACGUGCGGCUGCAGGGGAAGUGGAGAGGAUGCGGCUAAGCGACGAGCGUUGCGGUUAUGGUUUUGUCCGUAACGCGCCAAAGCCCUCUACCGUUGUGACGACUCAACCCAACCCUGGCCUUGGAUUAAGAUUUUACCCCCAACAACAGCAGCAACAACAGUCGUUUUCUCACCAACAAUUACAAAUUGCACAAUUUGAGAUGUUGAGGCAACAACAGAUGGCGAAGCAGCAACAGCAGAGGCAAAUGGUCCCCAACAGAGGAAGGAACAUCAACAGGAACAACGUUAGGAGUAACAACACGGGCUUGUCUUCUUCUGCAUGGCCAUCUCUGCAACAGGGGAAGCAGCAAUUUGGGUCUGGCAUGAGGGCUGUUUUUCUUGGGAACCCUUCGGGGAAAAGGGAAAGCACCGGAACCGGGGUGUUCUUGCCUCGUUGUGUUGACAAUACUAGCGAAUCUCGGAAAAAGUCAGUGUGUUCAACAGUGUUGGUUCCGGAUAGAGUGGCACAGGCCUUGAAUCUGAAUCUGGAGGGCAUGGUGGGUGGUCAUUUUCAACAGCACUACCCUCGUUUCAAUGGGGGCUCUAGUAUGGAAAAGGGAUCGGCGAUUCCAAGGGUUCGGAGUAAUAAUAAUUAUGGUUUUUCUCAACAGAAGCGCAGCAUAAGGCCGCAUCCACAAGUGAACCAUGAGAUUCAGUUGCCUCAGGAAUGGACUUAUUGAUCUAUAGUUACUAGUUGGUCCUUUUUUAAUAUAUUUUUAAGGGGAAGGCGUUAGAAGGUUUAGGGGUUUUUCAGUGUUUGGUGAAAUGGAUGAUAGUUAUAAAUUUUUAUUAUUAUUCUACAGGUGAAUAGCAAUAUAGGGUAGGAGAAAGAAACAGGGAUUUUGUUUGGUUUGGGAACAAAUAUAGGGGUCUUUUUGUUCUUCGGGACAUCGCGUAGGUGAAGGGAGAAAUAAUUUGGGCGAGGGGUGGUUGUCUCUGUAUAAAAGCUCUGUUGAUGCAGCCAGCGGUAGCAGCAGAAGAUGGCAGUGAUAUCAGUAACUUUUGUUCUUUCUGAAGGCUUGGGAAAAGCAAAGCGGUGGAUGGGUGAAAUUUUUGCCCCUCUCUUUUUUUUAGGGCAUUGGAUUUUGGAUAAAAUAAAAAAAAAGCUUGAAGAAGCAAGGCUGGCCCUGAUUUGCUGAGGAUUACAGCCUUUCAUGUUUGUUGAAUCACAGUGUAAUCAUUCGGGGGAAUUAUCACUUUACCAUUAAGAUCUGAUUACAGCCUGUCCAUCCCAAUUACUAUAAAAGUAAUAAUGGAAUGAAUUUU